CUGGGGCGGCCGUUGGUAGGUAACCUCUGUCUUUCCCUCCACGCCCACGGGUCCUGAUGGAGGACGCGCUCUCACCUGCACUGCGGGGGUGGAUUCUGUUUCUGAGCCGCGGAUGCCCCCUUUUCAAUUAUUAAAGGGAAAAAACAUGAAGAAAAAACAUGAUACCAUUGUUUGUGAACCUAAAGAACUUCUGAAUGCCAAAGUAACAAAUUGUUGCAAAUCCCUGUGGGUGAAAUACAGUUUUCAGAAGGAGUACAUGACCUGACUUGUCAGCUUCUAGCCAGUUUCAGCCAUGUCAAGGAACCCAGGUCACUAUCUGCCUUUUCAGCCCAAGGAGAGUAGCAGUGGCCAGAACCAUCACCAGGAGGAGAUAAUCCACAAGUUGGCCAUGCAGUUGAGAAACAUCGGGGACAGCAUUGAUUGUGGGAUGGUUCAAGAGUACAGGGGCCGGGUUCAGGCAGGAUAGAUCACAGUGUCUUCCCACUCUGCCACUGGAAAGGAAGAGCCCUCUCCACUAUCAUCCAACACUUUGCAGAUCUGGGGUGUGGGAAACUACCACCUGUGGGCCAGUUGGACCUCCCCCUAUAUUCUCGUAAUCAGGUGUGGCUAGAACAUUAGUUAUAGAUGGUCUGUGGCUGCUUUCAAGCCACAGUGCAAGAGUGCAGUCAUUGUCAGAGACACCAUGUGGACUGCAACACCUAACAGAAAAUCUUUACAGAAGACAUUAUAGAAAAGUCUUUGUCAAUCCCUGGUCUCAAAGAUCGUAGGAUCAUGUCCCUUAUUUGAGUAGAAUGUAGCGCCUCUGGGGCAAAUCUAAUUUUUUCACCUCCAGAGGCAAGGACUUCCAUCCUUUUAGCCAUAGCACCAUCUCCAUCCUCCUCUACUGACACCUUGAAUGCCCCGUCUACAAGUCUG